AAGAAUCGAUCCUCUUCGUGGUCCUUUCUACGGUGGAAUUAAAGCGAAUUUAUUUAAAUGGAGAACUACGGAAUAUCACUGUGUCAUAAUUCACGCGAUUCGUUUCCGACCUGACAGCGCGGUGCUCGCCAAGGAUCAUCCAUCACUCUCGCGAUUAAACUCGCGUGAAUUCGUAGCCGGAUGUGUUCAAACGAGUUGUGAACAAACGAACAAACGAACGAACGAACGAACGAACGAACGAACGAGUACCUAGUGCUGUGGUGUCGCAAUUCGACGGACUUUCCAUUCGAGUGGCCUUGCUGCAAACGAGGAACGAUCAAGAAAUCGCGGGACGAUCCGCAACGAUUCUAGCGUCCGAUAAAUGUCUCCUUCUAGGGAGAUGUGUGACAUCGAGUUGCAGUGCGAGGGACAGAGAGAGACGUAGGAAAUCGUGAUAACCAGUCGAUCGAUAGCGCGGCGAACUUCCGCGAUCGAUAUCCCGGGGAAGAAGCGCAUCGGUGCGUUGCACUCGCGCAAUGAGAACAUUGUCAUCGUCGUCGUCGUCGUCGUUGUCGUCGUCGUCGUCGUCGUCGUCGUCGUCGCCGAUAAUGAUGACGUUGCUAAUAGUGACGAAGCAGCCGACCCGUCCACGUCUGUUUUGCGAUCGCGAGUGCAAUGUCAGGGCGACCGAUCGCUUCCGGUAGCCGCGCGCUGACACGCGCGAUCCUCGAGUCAGGAAACCCGAGGGGAAAGACCGUCGGCGUGGUGAUUACGCGAUUCGCGAGAGAGCUAAUCAAUGACGCUUGAUAAUUCGACGCUGCCCACAGUUCGAUCGUUCGACGUUCGCGAGGGAAAGCUGAUGGUGACGACGUCACUAGCGUUAUCACACCGUAUCCACGUUGAAUAGCCUGACGUGUUGCCCAAGUGUUUACCUGACGCGGUUUCCUUCUCCUUCGUCGUCGCAUAUCGAUCGGAAACCGCGAGUUCGUUCCGCGAAUCGGUGCAGAAGUGACGUUUCGCCGUGCGUUUGUGCCGUGGAGGGAACGCCUAUAAUUCGCGAUGUUACCGAAGAAGGACAGCCAGACGGAGCCAUACGCUCUCGAAGACAUGAUAUCGGAUCUCCAAGCGAGGAGGCACUCGCUGGACCACGAGGACGUCGUGCAGGACCCCGCCGAGUUGCUGAAGCAACGCGAGAGAGACCUCGUCCUGGCUGCCGAGCUCGGCAAGGCUCUGCUCGAAAGGAAUCAAGAGCUCACGAAGCAGGCCGAGACCUUAGCCGAGGAAUACUCCGUCAAAUUAGAAAAUUUGGAACAGGAGAGGCAUUUACUGCGAAGAAGACUCGAAGAGGCCAGAGAUGAGAGCGAUGCGAGGGCGUUGGAGCUCCAAGCCGACGUGGAGACUCUCAGAAGCCAGUUGGAGGAGCAAAAUGAGAGGGCGAGGAGGGCGGAACGCGACCAAGCCACCCUCGUCGCGGAGCUGACGGCGCAAAACACGAGGUUGGCCGAUCAACUGAGGGAGGCCGCCAAACAGGAAGAGCAGUUGCUCGUGGAGGUGAAGGUGUUGAGGGAAAAAUGCGCUCUCAGGAACACCACUCUGCAGGAUCACGUCAGCAGCCUGGAGAUCCUCAGGGACGAGGUACAACUGGUAUCCGCACAAAGGACGGAGCUAGAGAGGCGAUCCUUGGAGCUGCGCGAGGAGAGGGCCAGGGCGAUCGCCGCCCUCGAGGAAGCCGAGGAGAGAGCCGCGGCCUUGGAGCGGCUCAGCCACGAAGCGGAACACCGCGCGAGAGUGGCCGAGCAGGAGAGAGACGAACUGGCGUCGGCAUUGGCGGCCAUCGAGGCAGAAAGGAGAACCCGGUCCGGCUCGAUACAGAAACCGCCGCGGUCUUUGCAAGCGGAGAUGGAGUGCGAGGAGAGUGGCAGCUCGCUUGGAGAACACGAGGACGGGAGCCUGAGAACGGAAGUUGCGAGGGCGACGAAACGACUGAGGGAGCUAUGCGCUCAUUUAAGACGUGGUGAGGAUGAUUCAGGCCUGCAGAGUGAUUGCGACGAGUCCAUGCUGGUAAUCAAUGUCAACAACUCCGAGGAAGUGAGCACCAACGAACGGGAGACUCACUCUUCGCCGACGAAUUGUCCUGGCGCGUUGCUGGAGCUGGUCGAAGAAGUCUACAACCUGGCGCUGUCCGGCAGAGGAGCACCAGGAGAAUUGGGAUUAGCAGUGGAGCUUCACAGGGUACGGGAAGAAUUGGAGAACUCAAGAGAGCAGUGCAGGAUACAGGAGGAGGAGCUGAAGCGACGCGGCGACGCCAUCUUGGAGCUGACGAGCAAGCUGAGCGUCUCCGAGGCUGAAUUGCGUGGCGUCAAGGAGGAACGUGACAGGGCGAGAUGUGACAUCGAGCACUCCGAGCUGACGAAGGACGAGAUCGUGGCGAAAGCUUACAAGGUGCGGGAUCAGGCGGUGGCACGGCAGAACAGGGUGGAGGUGGAGCUGGCCAGGACACGGAUAGACAUCCUGCAGGCGGACAGUCAGCUGAAGGAGGCGAUCAAGCAGAAGGUUGAACUCAGCCAGCAGCUGGAGCAAUGGCAGAUGGACAUGCAGGCACUCCUGGACGAGCACGUGCGAAGCAAACUUACCCCGGCCUCGCAACUAAUUGCCACGAGGAACGGCGAGAACUCGGACGUGUCGGCGCCGGCCAGGAAGAAGAGGAGUACCGGACCGGCGAAGAAGAUGUUCGGCCUCUUUUGACGAAAGUGACGCAGCGCGAUGGCUUCGCUGCAUUGAGCCGAGCGAUCGCGACUGAUGUAGACUUAAACUUCUGGUUCCUGCGCGGCUAUCUCGUGUAAAGAGGACAUUAAUCGAAAAGAGGAUAGCCUGAAUUUAGGAGUUUUUUAAUAACCGUUCAAUAUAAAGAUCUCGAGAUGAGUGAAAACAAGACUUAGAUAUAUGCUCCGCUAAAGGAUCAUCUUAAAGGAUGCUCCUUACAUCACGCAUAUUGCGAUGGGCAAUUUGGACUAAGCUCAAACUAGCGACUUUGCGUAAUUAAAAUUAGCAACUCGAAUGAAACCGGACUUUGUCUAGACUCGUGCGCACUCAUCGAGAUUUAUCUUGACACGAACGUUCAAGUAUCUCGGCGCAUAACAUGUGACAUCGGCAUUACUCACGAGACUCCCCGGGGAUGCUAUUACGUCGGUGCUGAUGCUCGUGUCGAAACUGUAAUUCGAAUUUAAGUGGCGUCACUCGCAGAAACAGGAACGUCCGACUUUCUACAAUUCCUUAGCCGGGGAAAGUUGCAAGCUGUUCUUUCCCAAAAACGCUUUCGCAACUCGACACACAUCCAACAUCGUCGUUAUAGUAUUUCUUCUUCGUCUCGAGAUCACUUUUCUCGAUCAUUUUUUUAAGCAGCUCAAUCGAUGUAAUCCGGCGGAUGUCAUUCACUUCGUAGACCGUUCAUGCGAAAAAUGUUAAUGGUAUAAAAAUUGAGUCGCGACGCCGAUCGUUAAUGGAGUCAGCGAAAUGGACAAAUCCGUCUCAUCGAAAAAGUCAUCGUUGAUGUUCCCUCCCUAUAUUAAAAUUCCGUUACGAACUUUUCUCCCCGACAAAUAAAUUUUCGACACGUCUAACUGACGUUUCUAGCUCAGGAAAAUUUUUCGCGGACAUUUUUCUAAUUUUGCUCUUUCAUCGCGUUUCGUCGUCCGCUCUCGAAAGAUCAGGGGGACCAUCAACUGCGAUCAAAAGUGAGUUCCAUGGUCUCUUGCUUCAUGCGGGGAAACAUUCAUCGUUCGAAAGAUGACGAAAGAACGCAGGGGUUUAAUAUCUCGACAAGACUGAUGUAAAGUCGGCAAAGCAAAGCCGUUUUUUCCCUCGCGCGUAAGAACGCGUCUUGUCAUUCUCGUCAUCGUGGAACGAAUCGUUUUCCACGGUAAGAACGACUUCUGAAUGGAAACUCUUUAUUUCGAAACAGCUUCGCCAUCGGCACGACGAAUAAUGAAACCCCGGACGGAUUCACUCAACUGUUCCUCGCUCCGUUUCUUCCGUGACGCGGAGCUAUCGAAUUUCUCUCGAUACGAAACGAUUGUGAUACACUGUGUCUUACGUUAGAAUCGAGGAAGACUUUCCUUUAACAUGCGUUACGAACACGUUACUUCCGCGAUGAACGAUCGUUAGAGUAAAAUUCGAAAAAGAAUUGUUUUUUAAAUUCCUCAACGAUUAAAUCGCGAGAACGAAAUGGUAAUUUAUACGAAUAUUUAUAUAAAUUUGUGUAAAUUAUUUGUGCAAAUUAUUAUAUGCAAAUAUGUACUUAAAGGUAGUCCUAUCAACUUAACUUGAAUGACUUUUUAUCGACUCAAUCGACCAGGAUUAAUUGCUAUCCGUCCAUCGUUCCGUCCGACAGGACCAAUAAAUUAUCCAUAUCGAUAUAAUGAGUAAUCAAGAAUGAUUACGGAGAUGAAGAUUGAUCGAUUUAGCCCUGAUUAUUUGAUAUUUUAACACGACGAUAGUGCAAUAUCACUGGAAUAUUUUUACGGAUGAUAUUAAAUCAAAUCGGUGACUGUAAUCAACGCUCCUUGAAGAUUCCGCAUUUUGGGCAGAAUAAUCGAUCUUGAGGAGCCAUGACGCGACGCGUACAUUUGAUGGCACGUGUGAUUUUUCACGGACAUUACAUUAAAGCAAGCGUGCGUGCGUCGCGCGAAUCGUUUGUACAUUAGUUUUCCUUCUUCGAAGAGCGAGCGUACGAGCAUCGAAACUGUAUAAUAAUUGUAUAAUUCUUCGAUCUGAUCAACUGCGGCGACGAUAUUUAUUUAAUAAAACUCUGUUUUACGAA